UUUUCAAGCAAACAAAACACAACCCCAACAACAAGAAAAACAUCUGUCGCCUACAUUACACUUAAAACUUUAAUUUUAUAACUUCAAUCCUUUCCCAUUUCCAGUGUUUUAAACUAUUUAUUUUAACUUAUACACUUUUACUUUAUCCCUUAAGAAAUUUAUCACUCCAAAAACAAUGUCCAACAUUAAAAAACAUUCCAAAGAAAACCGAAAAACCAUUUCAAACAUUGAAACUAGCCGAACUUGCACAGUUCCAGUGAGGAAAAGUUCUAAUUCUUGUACAGUGAUUAGACAUCCAAUAAGUUCCCACGACUUGGGUGAUGAAUUGACAAAUAUAAUUUAUGCAGAGGCAAACAAGGAGAACAAUGGUAACUACGAUGAACCCAUUUUGAAUACAAUUCUAGCCUUGGGUCGACAAAUGCAAUCACUGCAAUUGGAUAGGCCACCAAUGAGAACUCUCUGCUCCACUGAAGAUCUCUCACCACGAUCCAAAGCUAUUGUUAUGCCAAAGAUCUCACAAAAACUAAACUUUCCACAUGACAAGAAUGUAUUUCGCAAUCUCAUUCCAAUUAAUGUAAAUGACAGUGUCUUGCUGCCGAAGAAGAAAUCCUCGCUCCGCAAGAAGUACAUAAAUCACAAAGUUCUCACACCAGAUUUGGGCGAUUUCUUAGAUCCAAUACCACGGCUGGAACACACUAUCCCUGAACCAGACAUCGAAUUAAUACACGCUCCGAGCGAUAUUAAUGUUUUUGAAGAAUUUUGUGAGUUCUAUCGCGACGUAAAUCCUCGGUGGAUUAGAGACGAAUACAAAAUAUGAUCUCACUUUUGAACCUCUAUUUAAUAUUAUAAAAAUAACAAAUUUUAAAGUACAAAAUAAACGUGAGAUUAAAUUAUUAACAAAACCAA